UCAAGCUCCAUGCAGGGAGCUGCUGCGUGGGUCAAUAAAGGCUGUAGCAAGCAGGCUCGCCGGAGUCUAGGAGGGGGAAACCUGGCUGUCCACAUGGCCAUGUGCACAAGCGCCCCUAUUACAAGCCGAGCAGGGGGUUCGAGCUGUUUAGACUGGAGCUAUACAUAGCCCUUGCCCGCAAAUCGGACUCUCCGCGCUUGUUUUAUGCCUCCUGCUAACUGAUAUACGUACCCAGAGCGCUGGAGGGGAGCUGUCCGCCCGGGCUCUGGGCUCUGGGCUCUGCCCGGGGGCGCUGGCGCACAGGGACUGCGGGCAGCAAGCGGAGCGCCCGGCUCCCAGCGCCGCCGGAGAGGACCGUGCCGGGCGCUGGGGCUGCCCGCUGGCUUUCGGAGAGCGCCUUUCGGUGGGAGUUUAGCGCAGCCCAGCGACGGGCCGGAGUCAUCCAGCGGCUCGGCAACUUUGCCGCCUCGGAGCAAGCCCCCCCGCCCCCAGCUGGGGGGGGGGGGGAGAAGCGAUCACAGAAGAGCUGGAGGAAGGGCUGAGGCUGGGCCCCUCCCCGAGCGGAGAUGUGGGGCUGGGCUCCCUGGGGGCCCCCCCACUGGAGGGAUCUCCUGGCCGCCGCGGGGCGAUGAUCGGGGGCUGCCUUGCACGGCGCUGACUCUUUGCCGAGCGGACGGGGCUGCCGGGGUGUUGGGGGGUGGGGGUAAGCGGUCAAUGCUGCUGGGGAAGGAGGGUUCCCCCCGGCUGCCCCCCGCCUCCCCCCGCUGGGGCGAAUGGCUGGCGCUGGGGCCCCAAGGCGCCUGGAGUGACUGGAGCGGGCCACCACCCCCGUGGCUGGGAAGCUGCUCCCGGCUUUGGCUGCUGGGCGGUGAGAGGCGCGCCAGGGCUCGCAGGCGGCGGCGGCUGAGCGGGCAGGGGGAAGGGGGCCGCCCGCUUCUCCCGGCUCCCCGGCCGCUGGCUGUCAGCGAUGUGGAGCCUGGCUUUGUGGUGGCUCCUGAGCAGGGUGUGUCUGCUGCCGCUGCCGCCCUGCGCCCUGGUGCUAGCCCGGGUGCCCGGCUCCUCCUCCCACCCGCAGCCCUGCCAGAUCCUCAAGCGGAUCGGGCACACCGUGCGGAUCGGGGCGGCUCACCUGCAGCCCUGGGCAGCCACCUCCCGGACCGACCGCGGCGGGAGCUGGGGGGCGCGCAAUGACGCCCCGCUUGGAGGAGUGCCGGACCCCGCUCCCGGAGCGCAGGAGGAAGGGAGCAAAGGGGGACAAAGUGCGCGCAAGGCGGCCCAAACUCCCAGGACUGCUGCCUGGAAGGGCGCCGGGAUCCAGAGGUGGUGGAUCGGGACCAGCCUCGGGAACAGGGCGCAGCUGGGCACCGGGAACCCGAUUGGCAACGAGAGCGGAGACCAGGAGCUGCUGCUGUUGCCCAAGGACGCGCUGCUCCUGGGGGUGGAGAACCUCAACCGGGUGAGCGGGCUGCUGCCCUACAACCUGUCCCUGGAGGUGGUGAUGGCCAUCGAGGCCGGGCUGGGCGAUCUACCUCUCUUGCCUUUCUCUUCCCCCAGCUCCUCCUGGAGCAGCGACCCGCUCUCCUUCCUGCAGAGCCUCUGCCACACCGUGGUGGUGCAGGGGGUCUCCGCCGUCCUCGCCUUCCCGCAGAGCACCGGGGAGAUGCUGGAGCUGGAGUUCGUCUCCUCGGCUCUGCGCAUCCCGGUCAUCAGCAUCGUGCUCCGGGAAUUCCCGAGGAAGAGCCAGAAUCCCCUUCACCUACAACUGAGUUUAGAAAAUUCAUUAAGCUCUGAUGCGGAUGUCACUUUCUCAAUCCUGAAAAUGAACAACUGGUACAAUUUCAGCUUGAUGUUAUGCCAAGAGUGGAAUAUAUCAGAUUUUCACUUCCUCACGCAACAGAAUUCCAAGUUCCACCUGGUAUCCAUUAUAAAUAUUACCACAAAUCUCACUUCAACUAGUGACCUUCUGAACGACUUACAAGUUCACCUAGAGAGCAUUAAAGACACAGUAUCAACCAUGGUCAUGUUUGGCUGUGACAUGGAAAAGACAAGGAGGAUUUUUGAAAUAAUCACCCAGUUUGGUGUGAUGCCUCCUGAACUUCACUGGAUUCUUGGGGAUUCACAAAAUGUGGAAGAACUGAGAACAGAGGGUUUACCGUUGGGUCUUAUAGCUCAUGGCAAAACGACACAAUCCAUUUUUGAGCAUUACGUCCAGGACGCGAUGGAGCUAGUAGCCAGAGCUGUGGCAACCGCUACAUUGAUCCAACCGGAGCUAGCACUUAUUCCAAGUACGACAAACUGCAUGGACAUAGAGGAAAGAAAUCUCACUUCAGGACAAUAUUUAUCAAAGUUUUUAGCCAACACGACCUUUAACGGUCUCAGUGGCCACAUUAAAGUGAAAGGCUCUUCCAUCAUCAGCUCAGAAAACAGCUUUUUCAUUUGGAAUCUGCAGCAUGAUCCUGUUGGGAACCCAAUGUGGACUCGAUUGGGGAGUUGGCAAGACGGAAAGAUCAUCAUGGAUCAUGGGAUAUGGCCAGAGCAGGCCCAGAGGCACAAAAACCACGUCCUGCGCCCUCCCCGGCUGCACCUGAGAGUGGUAACACUGAUAGAACACCCUUUUGUCUUCACGAGAAAAGUAGAUGAUGAAGGGCUGUGCCCAGCAGGACAACUGUGCUUGGAUCCUCUGACCAACGAUUCAGCCAUGUUGGAUAGCCUCUUUGAAACCCUUCCUGGGGGCAACGACACCGUGCCCAUUGAGUUCAAAAAGUGCUGCUAUGGCUACUGCAUUGACCUGCUGGAGAAGUUGGCCGAGGAUAUGAACUUUGAUUUUGACUUGUACAUUGUUGGCGAUGGGAAGUACGGAGCUUGGAAAAAUGGCAAUUGGACAGGUCUUGUGGGUGACCUUCUGGCUGGGACAGCCCACAUGGCAGUGACAUCAUUCAGCAUCAAUACAGCCCGUAGCCAAGUGAUUGAUUUCACCAGCCCUUUCUUUUCAACCAGCUUGGGCAUCUUAGUGAGGACCAGAGAUACAGCAGCUCCUAUUGGAGCCUUUAUGUGGCCACUCCACUGGACCAUGUGGCUGGGAAUAUUUGUUGCCCUCCAUAUCACAGCAAUAUUUCUCACACUGUAUGAGUGGAAAAGCCCCUUUGGGAUGACUCCCAAGGGGAGAAACAGGAAUAAAGUUUUCUCCUUCUCCUCUGCCCUGAAUGUCUGUUACGCAAUCUUGUUUGGCAGAACAGCUGCCAUCAAACCCCCCAAAUGCUGGACUGGAAGGUUUUUAAUGAAUCUCUGGGCCAUUUUUUGUUUGUUUUGUCUGUCGACAUACACAGCGAACCUGGCUGCUGUCAUGGUAGGAGAGAAAAUCUAUGAGGAGCUUUCUGGAAUACAUGACCCCAAGCUCCACCACCCUUCCCAGGGAUUCCGCUUCGGAACUGUGCGAGAAAGCAGCGCUGAAGAUUAUGUCAGGCAGAGCUUCCCAGAGAUGCAUGAAUACAUGAGACGGUACAAUGUACCUGCAACUCCUGAUGGAGUGGAGCACCUGAAGCAUGAUCCAGAGAAACUAGAUGCCUUCAUCAUGGAUAAAGCACUCUUAGAUUAUGAAGUGUCAAUAGAUGCUGACUGCAAACUUUUGACAGUGGGGAAACCAUUUGCCAUUGAAGGAUAUGGCAUUGGCCUUCCCCCAAAUUCUCCACUGACCUCAAAUAUAUCUGAGCUGAUAAGCCAAUACAAGUCCCAUGGCUUUAUGGACGUGCUGCAUGACAAGUGGUACAAGGUAGUACCAUGUGGGAAAAGAAGUUUUGCUGUCACUGAGACACUGCAAAUGGGCAUUAAGCACUUCUCCGGACUCUUUGUGAUGUUAUGCAUUGGAUUUGUCUUGUCCAUUCUCACCACCUUUGGAGAACAUGUAGUACACAGACUGAUCCUACCACGAAUCAAAAAGAAAUCCAAGCUGAAAUACUGGCUCCAUACAAGCCAGAGAUUGCAUCGCGCAUUAAACAGUUCAUUCACUGAGGAUAAACACCAACCCAAGACAAAACGAGUAGAAAAGAGGUCCAACAUGGGUAACAGCCAGCACGCAGUGUGGAACACUGCCAACGCAGGCAACUGUCACCGGAGGAAAUACAUAUGCAGCGAGGAAGGGCAAAAAGAAGUGGCCCUCAGACAGCACCAAGACAUACCCCUACCCCAACUGAGGGGAGAGACUCCAGCACCCCUGACAACAAAUGGGAAAGCAGAUCCCCUGCAUAUUGCUAGGACCUCAGUGAUCCAAGAGCUCACUGAAUUAGAGAAGCAGAUUCAAGCAAUCAAGCAGGAGCUGCAGCUAGCCAUGAAGAGAAAAUCUGAGCUAGAAGAGUAUCAGAGGACAAACAGGACUGUAGAGCCCUAGGCCACCAUACCUCAGGCCCUCUGUACAAUCUGCAAUGCACUUUUAUAAAGCCAGAAAAGAGGCUUGGGAAUAAAAAGAGCAAUAUGUUCUUCCUAAAGGCUCCAUCCCGCAAAGCAGACACUGCAACAGCAGCAGGAAACGUACUCCUGGUUCCUGGAAGGGUUCUGGGUCUUUCAUAAGAAUGAAUCUCUUGUUCUUUCCAUGAACAUCUAAAGGGUAGCCUCGCGCUAGCAGAGCUGCGAGCAUCCAGAGCACACCAGUCCUGUUUCCUUCACAUGGCACUAAAACAAAGUUUCCACUUUUUAGCCCUUUCUGUGCAUUAAUUAAAAAAAAUUCUAGAAUGGUCAGCAGCUCGUGUCCCUUGUUGGGGGAGUGUGUGUGUGUGUGUGUGUGUAGAGAGAGAGAAAGUAAGUGACAAGUCCAGGGACCAUAGCGUAAGAGAGAAUCAGACCUGUUAUUUCAAGGGAAUUUAUUAUAAAUGCGUCUCUCUGAAAUGAUUUGCCUCUUGGAUUCUGAAGAUGCGGAGAAGAAGUUUAAGCCAUUCAGCAGCUAAAUAGAUAGUACAUCAGCCUAAGUGAUAGUGCCAUCAAAUAAUCUUUAUCUAAACAGGAUUUCCAUUAACUUUUAAAUAAUGCUUGACAACACACCCUUUGCGACAACAGCCUGUGUGAUGUAGACAAUGUUUUUAAUGUCUUAUUUAGUAUAGGCCAUGGAGGCCCAAGAACCGAUGGAUUAUUCCCAGUGCACACCACAUCCAGAAGUGGAUGGAUUCAUCUCAUAUCUGGCUAGCUUUCAAUCUUUUUGCAAAGUAAGCUGUAAUUAUAGAUCUUAAUCUAAGUAGGCUUUUUCAAAGCCCUUCUUUAAUGACAGAUAUUUUGGGAGGCAGUGGGGGUGGGGAGGUCCUUGAUUAAGAUGCUGCUUUGGUGGGUUGAACUCAAGUUGAUGUGCCUACAAUCAAUCGAGCCAGUGGCUGAUAUUAUAUUUAACCUUUAUAUUAGGCCUUAUUUUCUGCUGUUUAGUCAGCUACCGUUAUUUCAGAGUAGCAGUGCUUACAUGCACUUUGCUCAGGGCGCAUGGCCAUAGAGAAUCAGGCCCACUGGCCCUGAUCCGGCAAUGAUCUCUAUAUGGGAAGACCCUUCAUCUGCCCAGAACGUCACAGGGCUCCAUGUGCAGGUGGAGCGCUUUAAACAUGCAAGGAGGGAUUCUGAAAAGCACUCAGUGGCAGCUCAGCUGUCCCCACUCAAGUCAAUGGAGGUAAAUCAGCGAGAGUUGGACCAUUGACUUCAGCAUGAGCAGAGUGAGGCUAACUCUGAGUGUUUCUGAAAAAUCCCACCAUAGAAGACCAAGUCCCUGACCUGAAGAACUGGCUUCUCAAAGGGUGUGAUUUCUGGAACUGCUUAGCAGCCAUAACUCCAACUGUAGGAAGUGGGAGACACAGGUACGCAGCAUCUCUGAAAAUCAGGCCUUACAGUAAUAAAAACAAAUGAGGGACGGGGAAAGGAGGCAAGUGAAGUGACUGAAGUGAUUUAUCACACAUCAUGCUCACCAUGCUCAGUGUCACAUGGUCUUACCUUUUAAGCAACCCACACUGUUUUCUUAUUUUGCAAAAGAGACAACUGGAAAAGGAAGGAUAGAAGCCAUCACGGUGACAUGAGGAGAAUGUUGUUCCACCUGGGCUAGUGACUAGGAAUAUUUGAAUUGAGGGUGCACAGUGAAGCUGUCAGUGGGUGGAGGAUCAGGGCCUUGUUUACUUUCACCACUGAAGCUAUGUAGGUUAGUGUUUGCCUAUCCAUCAGUAGCGGUCGGUUUGUCAUUCUAGUUCUUAUACACUAGUACGCGGCUGAAAAUCUUUGGGUUUACAGAAAUGCAUGCUGGCAGUGGCUGAAAGAGUCCAUCAGGGCUGUUUUGACAGAAAACUGUAUUUUUCAAUUAAACAAAAUCUGUUUGGGAAAAAAAA